AUGUCUCAUCAACAACCUUUUUUACAAGACCAAGAAGACGAAACGGCAUACGAUUCGUCCGACAAAAUCGUGAUUAUCGGAGAAGACGAAGAAGAGUACGAGAUUGAUAUCGACAACGGAGUUCGAACGCCGCCUUUUUCAUGGAAGAAGCUGUGGCUAUUCAGCGGUCCUGGUUUUCUAAUGAGUAUAGCGUUUCUGGAUCCUGGAAACUUGGAGGGAGAUCUUCAAUCUGGUGCGAUUGCUGGUUACUCGUUGUUGUGGUUGCUUAUGUGGGCUACGGCUAUGGGGCUUCUUAUUCAGCUGUUGUCUGCGAGGUUGGGUGUGGCUACGGGGAGACAUUUGGCUGAGCUUUGUAGAGAGGAGUAUCCUAGUUGGGCUAGGAUUGUUCUUUGGUUGAUGACGGAAGUUGCCCUUAUUGGUUCGGAUAUUCAAGAGGUUAUUGGAAGUGCUAUUGCUAUUAGGAUUUUGAGUAAUGGCUUUGUUCCUCUUUGGGCUGGUGUUGUUAUUACUGCUUUAGAUUGUUUUAUUUUCCUCUUUCUUGAGAACUAUGGUGUGAGGAAAUUGGAGGCAUUUUUUGCUGUUCUGAUUGCUAUAAUGGCUCUUUCAUUUGCAUGGAUGUUUGGGGAAGCAAAGCCGGAUGGUGUCGAUGUUCUUGUUGGUAUUUUGGUUCCUAAACUUAGCUCCAGAACUAUACAACAAGCUGUCGGAGUUGUUGGUUGCAUUAUUAUGCCUCACAACGUGUUCUUGCAUUCUGCACUUGUUCAAUCAAGACGAGUUGACCCGAAAAAGAAAGGCCGUGUUCAAGAAGCUCUUAAAUACUACUCAAUAGAGUCUACCAUUGCGCUUGUUGUCUCCUUUGUCAUUAAUAUAUUUGUCACAACUGUGUUUGCUAAGGGCUUUUACGGUACCAAAAUAGCCAAUAGGAUCGGUCUUGUAAACGCAGGGCAGUAUCUUCAGGAGAAGUAUGGAGGCGGAGUAUUCCCAAUCCUUUAUAUAUGGGCUAUCGGGUUAUUAGCAGCCGGUCAAAGUAGCACUAUUACUGGUACAUAUGCUGGACAAUUCAUCAUGGGUGGUUUUCUGAAUUUGAAGUUGAAAAAAUGGAUGAGGGCGUUGAUUACGCGGAGUUUCGCAAUCGUUCCAACCAUGAUAGUUGCUCUUAUAUUUGAUACCUCAGAGGAUUCAUUAGAUGUUCUAAAUGAAUGGCUUAAUGUUCUUCAGUCAGUACAAAUCCCCUUCGCAUUGAUUCCGUUGCUUUGUUUGGUGUCGAAGGAGCAGAUAAUGGGCACUUUCAAAAUCGGCUCUGCCCUCAAGACUAUUUCCUGGCUUGUGGCUGCUCUGGUGAUAGUGAUAAAUGGCUAUCUUUUGCUGGAAUUCUUUUCCUCUGAAGUGAAUGGAGCAGUGAUCACCGCUGUUGUGAGCGUAAUAACAGCUGCGUAUGUUGCAUUCAUAAUUUACCUUAUUUCAAGCGCCGCUACAUUUCCAUCAUGGCAAAGUUUGACUCGAUCAAAGACAGUUACCACCACCACCGAGAGUUGA